AUGAGUCUGACCGAAGAAGCUUGUUGCACGUGGGAUGGGGGACUGGUUGUUUUGUUAGAUGCUGGCAGGUCUUCUAUUGCUCCUCCAGCUUGGACAGGGAAGGGUGAGGGAGAGCGUUGCGAGCUUUUCGGCUACGACCAGGGUGUCCUCGGCGCUGUAAUUGGCUUGCGCUCUUUUCGCGCCGAUUUCGACAAUCCAAGCGCCAAGCUCGAAGGCAUCAUCGCCGCUAUCUAUGACAUUGGUUGUUUCAUAGGCGCAAUCGUGGCAUUCCUGACUGCUGAUCGUUAUGGGCGGAAAGGUAGUAUCAAGUGGGGAUGCUGGAUCAUGGUAGUCGGAACCGUUUUGCAGACAUCUGCAACGGAGAGCGUGCAGUUGAUAAUUGCCAGAACCUUGACCGGAGUUGGCAAUGGGAUCAACACAGUCAACGUGCCUGUCUGGCAAGCUGAGAGCUUCAAGAGCCAUAAUCGAGGGGCACUUCUCAUCAUUCAGAGUGCGUUGAUCGCCUUUGGUCAUCCACUCAGCACAUUUAUGGGCCUCGCCAGCAGCCAAGCCGAACCCUCCUCUUUCGCAUGGAGGUGGCCAAUCGCCUUCCAAGGAGUGUUUCUGGUUAUCAUUCUCAUCGCUUUGCCGAUCCUCCCAGAAUCACCUCGCUGGCUCGCUCAACAUGACAGGCUAGAAGAAGCUGUGGAGAUCUUCGCUAGGCUAGAAGGCAGGGACGUAAGCAUCGAGCACCCUAGUGUCGUUCGUCAGCGAGAUGAAGUCAAGGCGUCUGUGCAACAGGAGCUUCUGCUAGGCUCGGCAUCGUGGGGUGAGGUAUUCACAGAGGGUAGAAAUAGGAACAUUAGUCGUGUGCUCCUAGGAGCUGGCCCGUAUAUGAUGAACCAGUGGUGUGGCAUUAACUCACUGGCUUACUUUUUGCCCAUUACUUUCGAGCGCAAUAUUGGGCUGUCCACGCAGCUUUCACUCAUUAUCUCCGGCGUGCUAGGAUUCCAGUAUUUCCUUAUUUCUUGGCUUCCAUACUUUUUCAUUGAGCACUUUGGCCGUCGCAAAAUGUUGAUGUCAAGCGCAGCCGCUUGUUGCUUCUGCAUGAUAAUGAUCUCUUCUAUGCUGGCUUUGGAUACUACUACAUCUCAAUGGGCCUUCGUAGCCUUCACCUUCCUAUUCUUCGACGCAUUUUCCCUCGGGAUUCUUCCAGUCUCGUGGAUGUAUGCUUCUGAAAUCAUGCCCCUUCGCACGCGCAACAAGGGCGUCGCUCUCGGUGCAGCCUCCCACUGGCUCUCUAACUUCGUCGUUGUCUACAUCACCCCACAAGCUAUUCAGGGGCUUGGGUAUCGACUUUAUCUAAUCUGGGCUGCACUUAACGCAACUUUCGUGCCUAUUACGUGGUUGUUCUAUCCGGAGACGGCAAGACGAAGCCUUGAAGACAUGGACGCCGUCUUUUUGAAUGAGAGCUUUGGGGUCACGAAGACCAGAGAACCGGGCACCCGAACCCAUGCUGAACCUCAUGUGGCAACGGCGACAGAUUAA